AGCUCUCCGGUGUCCCGCGUAGUUUAUAACGGCAAGCGCCCCACAAGCAGCACACGCUCUCCAAGCAGCAGCGAGAUAUUCACACCAGCUCAUGAGGAGAAUGUACGUUUCAUUUAUGAAGCAUGGCAGAGUGUGGAGCGGGACCUGAGAAACCAAGUGUCUGGUGGGGACCGCGGAUUUGUGGAAGAGUACGUGGAAAAGCAGCCAAGCAACAACCUGAAAUGUAAGUCCUGCUAUUUCAAGACAUCCUAA